CCGCCAAAUGAUAAUCUGUAUCAAGAGUCGCAAGUACUUAUGCAACCGACUGCUCCCGAGCGGCAUUCGUUUGCGGCUCCAGUGGCGGACCACACCUUACUCCGAGAGCCUGCAGUCAUCAGUAAUUGCGAACAACGUUCAAACCAACGAACUGGAAGUGUAAUUGUCGUGAACUAAUGUGAUAUUUCUAAAGUGAUAUAAGAACAAAAUGAAUCACCGAAAUGUUUUAACGUUGUUUAUUUUAGCGGCAACACUGACUUUGGGUGAGAGUCAGUCGUUAUCCUGUCCGUCUGUGCGGACGAGCAGCGGCUGGCUGGACCUAUUCCCGCUGCCGUGCCGCAAGCACGGCGAGUGCGGCGUGAUGGGCGCCCAGCACCUCUGCUGCAAGGGUUUCUGUACAAAAGGUGUGAACAGGGCAGCCGCUGUUCGAACUAGUGGCGAGCCGAGCAGUAGUGUAGUCGAGUUGAGUAGCAGCACAAGUAGUUCCAGCACCACCACUAGCACAACGACCACCACUACCACCACCACAACGACCACAACUACAACCCCGAGUACCACCACCACCAGCUCUACCACCACGACGACCACGCCUGCGCCGACUACCACAACAACUACCACGGAACCGCCUAGACCGUUCUUCCAGCUGCUGCCUAUACAGAACCCGCCCACUCCAGCUACCGCUGCGCCUGCUAAAGUCGGGAAAACACAGAAGUACGUUUGUCCAAAAAAGGCGGCGCCCGUGGUUUUAUUCCCGAUCCCUUGCGAGACCAAUUCCCAGUGCAGAGCGAGCAGCGGCGCCGACCAGGUGUGCUGUCAGGGACGUUGCGUCAAGGGAGACCCGGCUCCACGGCCCACUGUGCAGCAAAGCCAUCAACCUCUACUUGGCGUGAUUCCUCGCGAGUGUCCUGCGGCGCCACUGGGCGAGCUGUUAUUCGAGGUGCAGUCGUGUAAAUCUGACGCGGAUUGUUGGCCCCGAGUCUGCUGCCCCGACGGCACCCGCUCCUACUGCCGCACGGCGCGCGCCAGGCUCGACCUCGUGCCCGUCGCUAACGCCAUUGACGCACCACUGCGGUCAUUCGAACAGUACUUGCAAUGUACGGCGCCGCCGCAAUACGACCCCUUUCCACAACGCUGUAGCUCGAGCGUAGAUUGUUUCCCCAACCUAUGUUGUGCAGAGGGUGGCAAAAAACAUUGUCGGCCUCCUCAACGUAGUUUAUUCUCUCUACUCGCUGGUGUCACGCAGAGAUUUGGGUAAAUGUACAAAAUGCCGCCUAAA